CAGAUGAGAGCACAUGAGAGAGAGACAGACAGAGAGAGCGAAAUUCGCAACAUAACCUACAAUCUAUGCUGAAUUUUGUUUAAAUUUUGAAAUUUUAAUCAUAAAGAAGUGAUUGGACGGAAUUUUAUUAAUAUGGAUUGUCCUGAUGUUAAAAAGCGACGUUUAAACAAAGAUCAAGAAGAAUCAAGCCAAGAUAAAGUGACUUUGAGACGAAAAGCACCUGAAAAACCUGUUAAGAAUAAGAAGAAACAUAUCUCCAAAUUUCGUUUCAAGACUACAGGUGAGAGUGCCUCUUUAUUAACACCAAGUAAUGAAAGGAUACCUUUAAUGCUUACGGAUGUGCAACAUUUGUUAUUACAUUCUCUGCUAGGAAAUUUAAAUUUGUCUCAGCCACCGCGAUGGUAUGUUCUGGAGAAAUGUAACCAAAUAAGUCAAACUACGUGCCUUAUAUUAGAGGGAAUAUCUAUCCAACAUUGGGAAAAAAACAACAAUGAAUUGGAGAAUACAAAAAAAAGAUUCAAUAAUGUUGUUGAGAUUUUGACACCCUCCAUUUAUAAUGGUUCGCUAGUACAAGAACUAGCUUUAGUGCCAUUGUCAGAAACAGAUAAAGAGGGCAUCAUACUAAAAUAUGGUAGUAUGAACUUGGCACUUGAAGCUAGAAAAGAUUUAAUGGUCAUGAUGAAAGCUGUCUUUCCGAUAGGAGAUAAUGUUAAUAAGAACAUCUCUGAAGACGUAGAAAUGGUAGAUGCGUUUCCUAGAACUCAACUUAUAUUAUCGGCCUGGCAACUGAUUGAAGAAAACUAUCCUCUGCCUCUGAAAGGCAAAUUGAAAAAUGCUUAUAGUGACUAUGUGAUGUCAAAAGAUGAAUAUCUGCCUGUCACAAGCAAUUCACCAAUGUUUGGACUGGAUUGCGAGAUGUGUCUAACAAAUGCAGGAUCUGAACUAACUCGAGUUUCUAUCGUUAAUGAAAAACAUGAAACAAUUUAUGAGUCGUUUGUGAAACCUUACAAUGAUAUUACAGAUUAUUUAACACGGUAUUCAGGAAUAACAAAGUCAAUAUUAAACGACGUAACUAAGCGAUUGGAAGAUGUUCAGAAGGAAAUUAAAGAUAUAUUACCUCCUGAUGCUAUUCUAGUUGGUCAGUCGUUAAAUAUAGACUUACAUGCUUUAAAAAUGAUGCAUCCUUACAUAAUAGAUACUAGUUUGAUAUUCAAUUUUACUGGAGAAAGAACACGAAAACCAAAACUAAAAACUUUAGCGCGAGAAUUUCUUAAAGUAGAUAUUCAAUCUGGUAAUAAUGGCCAUUGUUCUGUUGAAGAUUCGCUAGCGUCACUUAAAUUAGUACAACUGAAACUCAGUAAAAGUUUAGAAUAUGGCGAUGCAGUACAUACGAACCGGCAGGGAUAUAAAGAAAAUAUAAUAAAAAAAAUCUCGAAAACUCCUGAACUUGCUUUGUCAAUAUUUAAUCAUAUGAUAGAGCAAAGAAAAACAUCAUUAGUUGUUGGAUGUGAUGAUAUAACCGGUGACUACCAUUCUUAUUUAACGCAAGCAAAGGAAAGCGUUAUAUCGCAAUUGAAGAAAGGAAAACCCAAGAAAGUUAAAUUGAGUACAGUUGAUAGUGUCGAAGAUGUUGUUUCGACCUUAGUAGAUGCCAUCAAAGAAUAUAACUUCGCUAUGGCCCACUUAAAGCUGGAAGUAAAUAGUGAUACCGAAACAGACCAGAUGCAGAAAGUAGAUAAAUGGAUUGAAACGAUAUGGAGCAGUAUUCCUGAAAACGCUAUGUAUGUUGUCGUGUUUGGCGGAACAUUGAGUGAUAACGGAGUGGCAAUGAUAAAGGUGAAAAGUCAUUUAUAGUAAAAAAUAAGGUUGAUUUCGUAGCUGACUCCACAUAGCAGCAGCCGAUGACAAUAUUUCGUGACGACACUGACUACACUGAAUAUCAUUUUCUUAACACUGCAGUACACGCGCCCCUUUUUUUACACGAAUACACGCGCGGCCUACUCUGGUAAGCCAAUUUAAAAUCACUGUAAAUCAGUUUAUAAGCAAUUUAUGAAUAGAAUUACUAUGUAAAUGAUAAAAGUGUUUAUUAUAGUUAUUUUAUAAUCAACGUUUCUUUAUAUAACUAUUUGGGAUCAAACAUUAUAAACAGAUUUAAAAGUUGUAAAUUUUUUGGACCAAAAUUGCACUCUGAGGCCAAUGUUAACAAAAAAAAAAUUGACUGAAAAAAUAUGAUUAGUUUUUUAUCUGUCAUAGUAUUCAUGACUUUCUACUGCCUGGUACACGGUGUAAGUCCAUUUGUUACAAGUCUUUUAUAAUUUUUUUGUCGAGUGAUUUCGGGCUUUUGAGUAGACCCGCAGUUUUAACGGCCAAUUUUAGAAAAGUGCGCAGGCUCUAGCGACCCAAGCUUUACUAGCUUACUGACAAAUUUAGUAAACGAGGCUUUCCUGGAAUGCCAGCUCUCUGGCGCAAGUUUUCAAAAAGUUAUAGCGUAAAAUGUAACCCUGGUCUACUAUAGUAGUCCGCGCGUGUACUCUAGUGUUAAAGUAGGUAUGUAAUAGUUUUUUUUUCUAUGAAAAUUAAAAUCGCAGCUACGGUUGUACAUAUGGAAUAUUACGAAACUACAUGAUUUCGAAAGUUUUUGUGCUCAAAGUAUUAGUUUCUAAUAUUUCAUGGCGAACACAUAAAAACCAGUGCGUCGCGUCGCGUCGCGGCGACAUAAAUCUGCCGCUGCUGCGUAGAAUCGGCUACGAACGUGUACCUACUUCCCGGUUUCUGAAUUGAGAUUUCAAACUUGAAACGUGGUUAUCAAGUGCUACUCAAGGAUUAACUUAAUAUGAAACUUUAUAAGAAGAUGAGCAUGUUCACGCCAAAAAAUUUCAAUUUAAGAACCAAUCCUUAGUUUCAAAGUAUUUUUAAGAAACCAGUUCAUUGGUUAUUUAUAAAAAUGUUUAUUAUUUCUUAAGAUAAAAAUGUUACUAUUCCAUAGAGAAAAUCACGAAAUGUCAAUAAAAAUUUAAAUAUUUU